GAAGCAUGACAUCAUGCACAUCUCCGACCCCGGCAGCAGACUGCAGUCCACGACAGAAUACACCCCGUCCGCAAAAUUACCCCAGAAACCAAGGGCCUGGGACGCCGGAGUGUUUCUGCGGAGUCGGGGAGGCGCUUUCCGUCCGUCCGUGCGUGCGUCCGUGCGUGCGUCCAUCCGUGCGUACGUCUGUGCGUGCGUCCAUCCGUGCGUGCGUCCAUCCGUGCGUAGGUCCGUCUGUCCGUCCGGGCAAUGGCGGAUGGAGAGGCCGCCGUGUCUUGCGGAGUGGGACAGCGGCGAUGGGGGCUUAGCAGACUAACAUCCCUCCUGUGCACGUGCAUUUCCUCUGUUUAGCUUGGUACGGAGCCCUCGCCAUGGAUCCAGAGAAAACGUUGACAUUCUGCCUCGGGCUGAAGGCUGAGGAGAUGACCAUAUCACUGCAGGGGCUGGAUGGAACGGAGGCUGCUACGGUGGCUGUGUCUCAGAAGGAGGUUGACAUGCGCACAGUCAAUAAGGUGGUGAAGCAGCGCGGGGCUUCUGGUAGCCUGCCUGUGCUCAGUCCCAAGUACUGUCCCGGGGUGAACAACAGUCCAGGGUACCUGUGUGAAACGGGCCACUGCUGCGGAGAGACGGGCUGCUGCACCUACUAUUAUGAACUGUGGUGGUUCUGGCUGCUGUGGACGAUGCUGAUCCUCUUCAGCUGUUUCUGUGCUUACCGGCACCGCCGGGCAAAGCUGAGGAUCCAACAGCAGCAGAGACAGAGGGAGAUCAAUCUGAUCGCCUAUAACGGAGCCUGUAACUACCCUUCCUCCAUGCUGGACCUCAGUUUUCUGGCUUCCUUCAAGUUGCCCUCCUACGAGGAGGUGGCGGCGCAGCCCAGCACCCCUCCUCCGCCUUACAGGUCUGUCUUCGCCCUGCAGGGAGUUGCCAUGGGGGGCCCCAGCUCCCCUUACCCCCACCAUCACCACCACCGUCACCCCUGCCCUCCAUACCUGGGCCCGGGUCCCAGCGGCCCAACUUCCUCCCAGAGCUCCGACACCUACACCAGCUGCUCCUGCGAGUCCUGCUCCCUCACCUCCCCCUGCAGCACCUCCUUCUCCGUCCAGGUCACUGACGAGACGUAUGACAGUAGCCACAUCUCCACACCCAGUGAGGCCGGGGUCGACGGUGCGCUCAUGUCGAGGCUCGGGUCCAACUUCGCGACCACCUCCACCCCAGCACCUCCACCACAGGUCGCACCUGAUGCUGUUCCCGGAGCCGCUCCAGAUGUUGUAGCGGCGCAGAGACGGGCCUCUGGCGGCGCCGAAGGAGUGCCGUCUCCGGCUCCAGCUCUCUCUCUUCCUUUCCACCCUCGCCCUUCUCUCCUCCCGCUCUCUCCCCUCAUUCUGUUAUCUUCCAUUCCUUCCGGUCAGGUCCACCCUCUGGUCCUCUCAGACCCGCUCGGAGCCGUAGCCAUUCACAGAGAGAGAGAAGAAGAGGCUCCACUGUGUGGUCCAGCUCCCAGGUCCACUACGUCUCCCCCAAAACAGGCCCUUUUCUCAUCAAAUGUGGCGGUUUUCACACAUUGCAGCAACAAAGAAGAGGAGGAGGAGGAGGAGGAGGAAGAAGAAGAGGACGAGGAGGAGGAUCAUUUUCGCCAUCGGCGGCUAACGGGGGAUUCGGGCAUCGAAGUGUGUCGCUGCCACGUGAAGAGAGAGGAACAAGAGAGUGAGGAACCCCAGAAGGAGCCUUUGGGGAGAGGAGGAAACGAGGCCGUGAAGGAAGAGGAGGGCGCGGACACGCUGCACGACAGCGCCGACUGUUCCCUCAGAGCAAAGGCCUCCGCCGCGUCACCGCCUCGCGCCCGCGUCUCUCCCUCUCUCCCGAGCAUCGGCCGGAAGGCAGGUGGGGCCGCCAGCGCCGCCGACACCUCGUAGGCUCGCAGCCUUUGAGAUGAAGUCCCAAAGGAGGAAAAAGUGAAGUGUUUUUCAGGAGACUCGUAGGUGAAAGAGCUUGCAGGUCUUACUUGAAAUGGUUCGGGGGACGGGAGGUUUAAUGGAUUCUCGUUGUUUCUGUGUUCAAGUGAGAAACUCCAAGUGCAGGCGACACCUGAAAGUUUAACUUUGUGGGUGGUGGUUAAUCUAUUCAUGGUUUUUGGGCAGAGGAAUAUCUUUUCUCUUAAGGAAUGAGAUGCUAAUAAAUGGCUUCUUCUCUGUUUCCAUUUUGCCACAUGCAUAGCAAAUUCGGUUCGACCCGUGGCUCCGUGGCAACGUCCAGCCGUCCCUCUACAAUUUUAGCUACUUGGGAUCCCAACCUGUGGGUCACUAAAUUAAUCAGAGGGUGUUUUGCCCCAUACAAUAUGUAUUGGAGUCACAACAUUUUUAUUUUAAAGGGUCUCAUAACGUAAAAGUUGAGAAAAACCAAGUCACAUAAAUCAGCAGCAUCGAACGAGACUGUUUAUUAGACUUACUUUUGUUUAUCGAUACAAAUAGGAAAAUAAUCACAGAGCAAUUCCUUUUUCAAAUGUGCAGCUCCGACUCACCGCGUCUGGACCAUGUUGCAUUAUCCUGAUUCACUUUGUUCCAUCUCUUGGAAGAGGUUCACAACCAUUGAACGGGACUUUGGUCAGCCUGUGACCUUUUUGUUGUCGUGGGGGUGGAAGUUUUGCAUUCACCAGCCUACUUCUCUCUGUUUUAGAGGAAAUGAGAAGGAAACGAUUCAAACGGAUCCAAGAGGUGUUUGUUGUCUGCAUUGUGUCUUAUGUUGCUCCCUGGAAGAAAAGGGGGGUGCAAACAUGAAUUGAAAUGUGUGGGUGGCAAAGCUUUACAAUGGUCCUAUGAUUAUACGUCGUUGUUUGAGACUGUUACGUGCUUAUGCCGUUCAAUGAAAUGACUGUUUGACUUUGGGUUUGAUGUGUUUGAACAAGUUUCUGGGUGGUCGUUGCCAGUUUUUUUUUUUUCGCAAGGCAACUUAAAUCGGAUUCCUCCGCGGAUGGACUGUUGCAGAAACACAAAGCCUAAUCGCUGAUUAUGAAUGUAAAAGGUUAUGCAUCAAAAUUUGUACACUUCAAUUGUUUACGGAUCAUUUUUAUAGCUCGACGGAGGACCUCUGGAGAAGCGCCGCGGCGAGGCAACACAAUCUGCCGGCUGUGGCUUUUAAGAAGACACUGUUAAAUGAAGUUCCCAAUGGAAUGUCUGUCUGUCGCGUUUUGCUAUUGAAAUAUCAAAGGGGAAAACGUAAAAUGUACGAGGUUGUGGUUUUGAGUCAGAGCAAUAGAUACAGCGGUGGCUUGAGAGGUGGUCACUUCUGAGAGUUUGAUGCUUUUCUCUAAAUGUAUCCCGGGUUUAUCCUGACUUUGUACGUGAAAUAAUAUGUCAGCUGAUCCUGUUUUUCCGCAGUGGGAAUCGCACACAUGUCUCGUAAUUUACUCUGAAGCAUAGAAGAAGAUUUCGAUAAUGAGAACGUGUCCACUCCCAUUUUUGCACAUGUUUGUCUCACUGUAGCUGUUGUGAGACAAGUGUCUCUGUAGUAAAUUGAGGCCACCUUAGUGUCCUUGGCUACGUGCAAAGCCAAUGUAAUUGUCUCUAUGGUAACGUGGACAGAAAGCGAUGCCUCGGUUUAAUACCUUUGUUUGUCACUAACAAAUAUCGGGUGUUUAGGGAGCGUGAGCAGGUUUCGGUUGGCGAUGAAGAUCAUUUAGACAUCCCUCCGACCCACAGCUGGUUGACGCCCUGAAGGGAGAUAGUUCACUCGCUGAACAUAUCAACAUAAAACCUUUUCGGCUACUGUACAUUUCUUGGCUAAAGAUUGCACAGUUAUUUUCCUCACUAGUUCUAGCUACUAUAUGUUUAUCAAAGUGUAUGGUGCCUAGAUGGAAAUAGACUUUCUGGCAUUCUAUAGUUCACUGCUGCUAUGCGAGUGUGUGUGUGUGUGUGUGCGUGUGUGUUUUCUGUAAAUUGUGUAAAGUCGUACGUCAAAAGGGGAAACAUUUUAUAACAGUGCUUAGCAGUCUCUUUAUAAAAUAUACACAGUGCGUAAGUACAUGUGAGACUCGCAAAAAUAGUAUUUAGCAAUAGUGUUCACACUUUUUUCCUUACUCUAGUUCAUGCUAGUUGAUAGGAAACAAACUGUUGUGAGAAGACAUUUACCUCUUUAGCAUUGAUCCGUGAGCUGUGCUGGGCGAAGACCCUCGAUUGUACAUAUCGCUUCAUUUUCGAUGCCUUUGUUUUGAGGUUUCUCCCAAGUGCAAACUCUGAUGAUCGGUUUUACUUUGCCCCGGUUUGUGUCCUUUAUUUAUUGUCAUUACACUUGGCUCACAGAGGUAAAGAGAUAUUCUGGAGCUAUUUCCAUCUGAACACCUCUGUUAAGAGUUUGAUAUUAGAGUUUGACGCCAAUUUUCCAAUUGCAACUCUGUUUCUUAUUCUACAAGGAAAUUGUGUUGGGAAAACAUUUGUCCUUUUUAUGACACGAGUCAUGCACUUUUUUAAUGUGUUCUUUUUGCUACAUUGAUCUUCCUUUCUUUUUCUGCUUUAUACCUUCUUGCAAAUGCAUCUCUUUGGUCUUAAAAGAUAUCUUCUUGUUCAUAUUGAGGACAAAUGUGUUGCCGAUUCAACAAUAUACAGGAGGGAAACAAUAUGUUUGGCAGCUGGAUUUGGGGAAAAUAUAAAGCGAGUUCCCUUUUCUUAUACAUCAUACGCACUAUGAUGAUUUUUUAGUAACAAUUUCAGUUCACGUUUAGAACAUCUAUUACGAAUGGAAGAGUUAUCCACUUUUAUGUUGUACGUGUUUUGUCAGUGACUUUUAACAACAAUUUAACUGCAGAAAUGAAGGUCUUCAAAGUGUAAUUGUAAAGAUUACUUAUUUAUUUUUUGGGGCCUUUUUUUUACAGCAACUGGAUCUAGUCUUCAUGAAUUUGUAGUAUAAAGUUGGACAUAAUACAAAGUGUCAUUCUACAAUAAUAAACAUAAUCAUGAAUAGCUUCUAAAGAGAUUAAUAUAUAUUGUGCAACAUCAUUGCAAUGACUAUAGUUUUAUCCAAAGGAUAGUUUUCUUUGGAUUCUGAAUGUGUUGUUAAAUGACCUUAUGGAUUUUGAAAAUAUCGAGGUUUGACUUGAAUGUAAUCCUAACACAUGUGGCACAAACAGUCUAGAUUUACCCUGGCAAUGAUUUUACAUUGAAGCCAAACUGAUCGAUGUGCUCUGAUAUUCUUUACAGUACAGACUAAACGCCCAACUCAACACUCAUUGCCACAGAAGGCCAAGGCCUGAUUUAAGACUGUUACCUCGCUGAGUUUUGACUGCAAAGGACUGUUUACUACUCCUUAUCAAGAUAGUAACUACUCUAUAUUUCUAUUGACUUUCAUUUUGUAAAGCCAAGAAUUAAAGAAUAAAAAAGAAAAACGGGCCCAUCUUGGAACGGCUGAAAUCGUUUUGCCAGGAAAAGUAACUUCACCUGUUUAGGGAAUAUAUUUGUUGUUCCUAUUCCUCCUGCAGCUAUGAGACCGCAGGAUUUAUAGAAGUAUCUUUAUGUGAUCGUAUGUGACAUAGUUCAGAUUAUUACUGCUACAGAUCGUGGUGUUCUUUGAGGGUAUCCUAGUGCAAUUCUACCUGCAGCCCUUCAGUGUGUUGUACGCAUGAGUGAGAGAGUUAUUGUCGGCCCUGUUGUUGUGGUGUUGAAUAAUUGUUGCUUAUUAUGAGGCCAAAGUUGAUUGUUGUUGAUAUUUGUCAAUAUAAAAAUCCAAACAUUUUUAUUUCAUCAUGACUAUCGUGUUAAUUUUGUACCUUGGUGUGUAAAAUAGAGAUGUGUGAUGCAUACGUUGAUGUAAAAUCCUUGAGAUGCUCUUACAUUUUUAUAUAUAUUUGUUUGGUUUCACACACUCCAGAAUGUUGCGUUGUAUUUAGGUUUCCUCAAUUUUGAGAUUUUUCAUUGAUAUUCAUUAGGAAUCUACCAUACUGCCAUUGAUAACUGUUCUACUUUAUUCAACAAAAACUGUGGAUUUUGUGUCAAAAUAAAUGCUAACAAGUGUU